AAUUUACAGGACCGAUAUGGAUGCGCUCAGCUGAGAUAAAAGUGAACCGUGCUUGUCAAUGAUUAGCUUCCAAAUAAUAUUACAGCAAAGACUUAGAAGUCUAAGAUUUGGUAAGCGGUGCAAAUCAAAAAGAACAUUAAAAAGUAAUUCAACCGCGGUAGGCUCAUCAGACGAGGACGAUGAAAUUUAUGUGCCUAAGAAGCCGAUCCCUUCGCCGAUCGACCAAAGUAAAGUGGAGGAACCUCCAGUUUUCACCAAAGCCCUAAUUACUCAUCUGGAAAGACUUUCAUUGGUACGGUUUAGUGACGAACAGGCAGUUCUUAAUUUGAAACAAGCGGUACGAUUUGCAAAUCAGCUGAAGCUGAUUGACACCACGGGUAUUAAACCGCUCGAAACUUUGCUUGAAGAUAUACCAUGUCCUUUGCGAGAAGAUGUUCCAGGUGAUCCCAUGACUAAAGCUGAAGUUCUGAUGAAUGCUACCAAAGUUGUUGAGGAUUAUUUUGUUACGCCACCUGGAAAUAUACCACUGGAAGAAUCCGAUAAACUGGAUUUGAUGAAAAUUGAGGAUGACGCGCAAAAAGAGAUGAGUAAAAAGACUUUAUUGAAAGAUUCUGUAAAGAAAACAGAGUAGUAAAAUUCAUACUGCAGAUAUUUUGAUGAUGCAGAGAUUCAUUAUUAAUAUGCUUAUUUUCCGUUGCAUGCCUAUGUUCAGUGAAUAUUGCCAGAAAAAUUGAACACUGAUGAUUUUUUAUCACAUUAUCGUGUAUCGAAAUAAAAUUUG